AAAGUGUGGAGUACGAUGCACAACGUUUCCUCCAAGCAAGGCUUGGAGGAAACGGAUCCGGCGAGACGGAUACGGUUCUGCCGUUUUUUGCUAAACGCAGAUAUUGACGACGCGUGGUUCUUAAAGUCCAUCCUCUGGACUGACGAAUCGAAGUUCUCCAGGGAAGGAAUUACUAAUUUCCACAACCUUCAUGAAUGGGCUGAUAAGGACAGCAAUCCAAAUUGGAAAAAACAGAUUUCUUUCCAAAGACAAUUUUCAAUAAAUGUGUGGGCUGGGGUCAUCGGACGCACAUUGGUUGGCCCACACAUUUUGCCUGACAAUUUGAAUGGACAAAAUUACCUCGAAUUCAUGAUAAACGACUUGCCAAUGUUACUCUAUGAUGCCGAAGUGCCAAUAUUGGACACGGACAGGCCGAUCACAUUUCAGCAAGAUGGAUGCCCAGCACAUUGGGCUGUAAGCGUCCGCGAACACCUGAACCGCUGUUUUCCUGGCAACUGGAUCGGGAGAGACGGACCCAUCCCCUGGCCUGCCAGAUCGCCCGACCUGACUCCGUUGGAUUUUUUUGUGUGGGGUCGGGUGAAAGAACUCGUAUACACAACAGAAAUCACCACGAGAGAAGAAUUACUUCAGCGAAUAGAGGCAGCGUUUGAAAUUAUGAAACAGGAAAUGCAAAUGAAAGUAACCACAACUGAAGUACGAAAUCGUUGUAGAAAGUGUAUACGCAAUGGUGGAGGACAUUUUGAACACCAACAAUAAAUUUUUACAGUACAAAACAUUUUUUUCUUUAAUUCCACAAAAAUCCAUAUUUACGACCUUUAACUGGUUCAGGUACCCUAAUUAAAAAAGUUUAAGACUUAGCUAGGUAAAUGAUACCUCAAACGAAAGAGCAAUAACUAAGCAUGUUUUUAAAGGUGUCUGAACACCUGUAUGUAUUUUAUUUAUUUUUUUAAUUGGCAUCAAAGGUCAGAUUUUUUAUUUUCUUUCUUUUUUUGUAAAGUUUAAAUGCUCUGUACAUAACUUUUUUGGACACAAUGGUGCUUCAAACUACUUUAGUACGAUUGGGGACACAUAAGACUACUAAAAUAAAUUUAAAAAACCGGACAUUUCUGUUAAGAUUCGAAGUUAUUAGCAUUUAAUUGACCAAUUUUGGG